CCGCACCCACUUUUAACUACCGAACCACGAAGUUUAAAGCAAGGGAGUGGCUGUUUACUGACGUGUAGUGAAACCCUUUACGCACAGUUCUGCGUAUUUUGGAGCUUUAAAAGCCUCUCCAAUUAGUAAGCUUCUAGUGAGAUGACAGCUAGGACUUAGGCUACCCAUGUCAGAUCUCACUAUCCCCCUAUCUAGAGAGGCUUUUACAGAGACGACUAUGGAGGAUCCGACUCGGAUUGUGACAGAUCAACCUACUAAAUCUGAUACAGACCCGAGCAUUUCACCCGAUGUGCCCUUGGUGAAGAACAUGGAAUGUCAGCACAAGGUGUUUGUCAAUAGGAGUGUACCAUUGGAGAACAUCAAAUGCUAUGGCUUUGACAUGGACUACACUCUGGCAGAGUACAAGUCUCCUGACUACGAGGACCUGGGCUUUGAGCUGCUCAGAGACAGGCUGGUGUCUAUAGGCUAUCCCCAUGAGCUACUGCAUUACACCUACGACCCUACCUUCCCCACACGCGGCCUGGUGUUUGACACAAUGUAUGGGAACUUGCUGAAGGUGGACUCCAAUGGAAACAUUCUGCUGUGCAGUCAUGGUUUCACCUUUCUAAAAAGGGACAAGAUCCAAGACUACUACCCCAACAACUUCAUUCAGAGAGGCAACACUGACCGCUUCUAUAUCCUCAAUACUCUCUUCAACCUUUCAGAGACGUAUCUGGAUGGUUGCCUUGUGGACCUCUUCACCAGAUGCAGCAGAUACGAAAACUGCCAGAAAGGCUUCAAACAUGGUGACUUGUUCAUGUCCUUCAGAAGCAUGUUCCAGGAUGUUCGAGAUGCAAUGGACUAUGUUCAUGAUACGGGCAGUCUGAAGGAAAGCACUCUGAGGAAUUUGGAUAAAUAUGUCGUCAGAGACCUAAACUUGCCUGUUCUCCUGACUCGUAUUAAGGAGGUGGCCAAAGUGUUCCUGGCGACCAACAGUGAUUACAACUACACAGAGGCUAUCAUGAAAUACUUGCUUGAAACUCCACCAGGUGCCAAGUACCCCAAAAAACCGUGGCGCGCCUUCUUUGACCUUGUCGUCGUGGAUACCAGGAAGCCACUGUUCUUUGCCGAGGGAACUGUGCUGAGACAAGUGGACACGAACACAGGGAAGCUCCGUAUUGGAACAUACACUGGAGACCUUCAGCAUGGAACUGUCUACUCUGGCGGCUCCUCAGACAUUGUAUGUGAACUGCUGGAUGUGAAGGGGAAGGACAUUCUCUAUGUGGGUGACCACAUCUUUGGGGACAUCCUAAAGUCUAAGAAGAGGCAAGGUUGGAAGACCUUCCUGGUGGUGCCUGAGCUGGCCAAAGAGCUGCAGGUGUGGACAGAGAAGAACCAUCUUUUUGAAGAGCUGAAGCAUCUUGAUAUAUUUUUAGCUGAGUUGUACAAGCACCUGGACAGUAGCUGUAGAGAGUGCCCAGACAUCACUGCCAUUCAGACCCGGAUGAAGGUGGUGACCUAUAGGAUGGAUCUGUCCUAUGGGCAGAUGGGCAGCCUGCUGCGGAGUGGCUCCAGACAGACUCUGUUUGCCAGCCAACUCAUGCGUUACGCAGACCUGUACUCUUCCACCUGCAUCAACCUGCUCCACUACCCCUUCAGUUACCUGUUCAGAGCCCCACCUGUCCUGAUGCCCCAUGAGUCCUCGGGGGAUAAUCACCCCCUUGACUUCCCUUCACCUGAGUUCUCUGUUCUGGAUCAAAUCCAGAAGAUAGCCGAAGCCAAGGUUUGACACUCAUACCUACACAGAGGGCGAGUGAGGAUAACACAGCGGAACUGAAAGACACGUGAGGAUGUAUUUGACAAAACAAUUAUUCCGUUUUGACAGGACUGUUCCUCCAGAUCAAAAAAAAAGUGUGUUUUUUGGACUGGCAAUUUCUUUGGCACAAUAUGACAAAUAUAGCGCCACCUGCUGGAAUAGUUUUAUAACUCGUUUUUCAUCAAUCACCCCUGCAUUUUCCCCAUGUGAUCAGUUUGCCAAGGGUUAGGGAAAAGACCAUUUGGAUAGACACUGAUUCUAGGUUCAUGUAUAUAAGUGAAUAUUUGUCUUAAUAAUAUAUGUAUUUUGUAUGUAUCUAUUUAGCUACAGUACUUUUACACGUCCUAUAUGCAAUACUGAUUUUGUUCCCUGUGCAAAUGUAUAUUAACUUCAGUGAGCAUGUAAACUGAAACAUGUUCAGUGACCAUUUAUGAAAUGCUACUCGUUUGUGGUGAAUUAUUAUGCAGGUUGGCUCAUCAGCCUAUGUUCAAUAAGGAUGUAGCUAGCUCCUUUGUGGUGGAUAUGCUUGUUUGGUGGUUAUUACAAGUCCAAGGUUAGAUGGAUUUAUGACAAUUAUUACAUACAGUAUAACAAAUAUUUACUUCUCUUGUUGGCUACUCGUCACAGCAUACCCUAUUUUAUUUUUAGAAUCCUAACCUAGUCUAUGGGGACCAUGUAAUUAGCUGUUUGUCCUAAACAUUCAUAGAUCAAAUAAAAUUAAGGAGUCCAAAA